GAGUCUUGGUCUCUGAAUGACACCAAUCAGGAGGAAGAGAACGACCAGCGUCCCUAUCAGUCCGAGCUCCUCCUGCUUUCCACCCCUGAGAUGACCUCUCAGAGCUCCUCCUCCCGUCAAAGACCAGACACCUCCUUACCCUCCCAGACCUCCUCCUGUCCGUCCAUCUGCCUGGGUUCCUCCCUGCAAAGGCACACUGCUCAAACAUUGACGCAUUAUCAGCUCUCACAGACGUUGUCUUCAUAUCUGCCCAGCCAGAGCCCUUUGUUUUCCCAGCAGAGGACUCUGGAGUCAGAAGCAUCCAUCUGUGGAAAAGAGAGAUCACCCUUCUGCCAUCAAGGAGGAGAUCUCCAAUCUAUGAGAAAUAUAAUGGAACCAUCUUUCACCUUUGAUGAAAUCAGAAGAUCGGAUAAAAAGGGCCACACUAUAGAGGAAACAGACAUCCCUGGUGCUUCAUUCAGUCCAACAAAGUGGAAACGGUCCAAUCCCGGUGAAGAAGCAGCUCCUAGAACAGAAGAAGUACACUUCCAGAUGUCAGAGUCUGAAGCUUUUGAACUGGAAAGUACUAUUUUGAAUGUACGUGAAGCUGAGGAGAGGAACCACACAGAGUUGGAGUCUGGAUCUUCACAUGUUCAGCUGGAGUGUUAUCCAAAAAGACAGUCAGUGGGAGGUGAAAGUGAGAAUUUAGCAGUGUUGAGCUCUGAACUGAGGGUGGAGAGUGGACAGAUCCAAUCUUCUGAUAUCCAGCUGCCAACGAAAGGGUGCAAGAAAAACUACGAAGAGUUACAGCCGACAGAGACAGAAACAGGAAAGACGAAACCAGACAGAGAUGUUCAACCUUCCUGUUAUGAACAGAGGAGUCACUCUGCAGAGGUUUCAGAUGGAGAUCGAUGGCUCAUGCCAGCAUUGUCCCAGGUGUGUGGGACAGAACCAUCAGCAUGCAGAGCUCCACGUCUCCUUGACAACCAACAGCACCAUGCCAAUGAGCAAAGCUCUAAUGGAAGCAGCAGAGAGAGCACAUCAAGCGUGAUGCUAAACUCAUCAGACACUAUUGCUGCUGGACAAAACCUCUCCUCCGUGCAUGAAGGUACUUUAGCUGUACCAGCCGAAAAACUGGAAGACCAAAGCCUCCAUAGUUCCCAGAGCCAGUCAUAUCAUCUUUCCUUUCCUUCAUCCCUUCUCUUGAAGAGGAAGUGUGAUGUGUCUCAGCAGCAACAUGGAGUCCCUCCUCUGAAAAUGUACCGACCAAGAUUUCCUCCAAAGUUGGAGUCUUUUUUUCCGAUGAGUGCUGAGUUUGUUCCUCCAAAAACAGCUUUUGUCCAGUCCAGUCAUUGUACAGAACUCCCUCCAACACAAACUCAACACUAUUUUGGAAUAUUUCAAGAUCGGUGUAGGGAAACUGAGAAGGAUGCUUGUAAGCAGACCCCCUUGUACAAACCAUGCAAGCGCAAGUGUAGCAUCGGACCGCCUGCUAGUAGUCUGAAAGCUUUACCUGAGGCUGUUGGCGGUAUUGAUCUACAGAGCCGGUUUAAAAACGACUGCUUGCCUUCCACGCUGGCAUCUGAGUCAAAAGUCACAGAUCUUGGGAAGCUAAACCCUGAAGAAAGGAUGCAUAUUCUUCAGAAAGCCAAACAAUCUGAAGUGCUGGUGCUGACUAUGUGGUACCAAGACGGAACAACUCAGUUGGACCCUGAACCGAAGCUGGCUUCUCCAGUGUGCGGCCUUCUCAUACUGAUGAAGAGCGAGUCUCACUGCGGCACACCUGAGGACUCACUUGGGUUGAACGACAGACUGGUCUACUUAUCACUGAAGCACAAACAUCUUUGGGUGCAAGAUCAAAGGAACCACAAUGAGGAGCAAUUUACCAGAGAUUUGCUUCUACAAGUGCUAUCAAGAUCUUCUCUGGCGGUGUGCUAUAAGGCCAAAGAUUUGCUCCGUACUGUUCUUCAGGUUUACAAGGAAGACAUCAGCUGGAAACAAGUUUCAGGUUGUCAAAUCCAGGAUCCACAAGUGUCUGGGUGGCUACUGGAUCCUGCAGACCAGGCAGCUUGUUACCAGGAUCUCCUUUUUAAACACUGCCGAAGGACCUGCACCACACAGAGUUUAGUCCCCAAGAAGGUUUCUCAGAUCAUUUCAGAUCUCUGUUGGCUUCACAAGCUUCACAUGAUCCUGUGUUCUAAACUGGAGAGCCAGGGCUUGUGGAAGCUCUACUCAGAUGUUGAGUUGAGAAUGAUCCCAGUUCUAGCAGCCAUGGAGAGCCACUGUAUCUAUGUGGACAAGGAGACUUUGAAGAAAAUGUCUGACUUGCUUGGGACUAAAAUCAAACAGCUGGAGCAGGAGGCCCACCAAGCAGCUGGACAAAAAUUCCUGGUGACCAGCAGCAGUCAGUUAAGAACGGUUUUAUUUGAGAAGUUGCGCCUCCAUGAACAUUGUGAGAACAAGAAGCUUCCCAAAACCAUCAACAAGCAACAGUCAACAUCAGAGGCUGCAUUGCUGCAGCUCCAGGACCUGCACCCCCUGCCAAAAAUCAUUUUGGAGUACAGACAGGUUCACAAAAUCAAGUCCACUUUCGUUGAUGGGAUUCUGUCCUGCAUGAAGACCAAGAACUAUAUUUCCUCGACAUGGUGCCAAACAAGUGCUGUGACAGGGAGGAUUUCUGCUAAACACCCUAACUUCCAGGCUCUGCCGAGGCAGCCGCUUCAAAUCAGCAAGAAGCUGUUCAUCCAUGGAGGUGAGGAGGAGGUGGUGACUGUUCAUCCCAGGGCCAUGUUCGUUCCUCAGAAGGGAUGGACUUUUCUUGCUGCAGACUUCUGCCAGGUGGAGCUGCGUCUGCUGGCUCACUUCUCAUCCGACUCUGAGCUGCUCCGCCUUUUUACCAUCCCACAGGCGGACGUCUUCACCCUGCUGGCAGCUCAGUGGAAAGGGUUAAGCAUGGAAGAUGUGAGUUCUGAGGACAGGGAGCACGCUAAACGCAUCAUUUACUCUGUUAUUUAUGGAGCAGGUCGUGAGCGAUUGUCAGGGAUAUUGGGGGUCAGUGCUGAGCAGGCUCACCAGUUCCAGGACCGUUUCCUUCAAACCUACAGAGAUGUCCAGACCUUCAUCCAGAGAACCAUCCAGCAGAGCCACAAACAGGGUUAUGUGCUCUCCAUCAUGGGUCGCCGAAGAAACCUUCCCAACAUCAACUCCCCAGACUGGGGGGUACGCAUGCAGUCUGAGAGACAGGCCGUCAACUUUGUUGUGCAGGGUUCAGCUGCUGAUCUCUGUAAGAUGGCAAUGAUCAGAAUCUUCAAUCUGGUCUCCACUUCCAGCUCACUCACUGCCAGGCUUGUAGCCCAGAUCCACGAUGAGCUUCUUUAUGAAGUGGAAGACUCUCAGCUCCAACAGUUUGCAGCUCUGGUCAAAAACACGAUGGAGUCGCUUCAGCACAUCGAUCAUCUAGGAGUCCAUCUUAAAGUCCCCCUGAAGGUGGCAGUCUCCAGCGGCAAGUCUUGGGGAUCCAUGUCUGAAUUUAGCAUGCCUCUGAUGCCCCCUUCCUCUUAAAUCCCCCUCCCCUUCACACACCUCUACCGCCACGUCCAUUUAUCAAAUUUACUUUUGGUCAUAUCCAUAAUCGAACUCCCUUUCUUCCUUCAUUUCUCCUUCCCUCUUAACUUGCCCUGCAUCCCUGUCGCUAUGGAAACCAGGCGGCAGCAGCAGCAGCUUGCAGUUUUUUCUUUCACUCCAUCCGUAUCCGGGGGCAACAGAGUAGCCAGAAACUGGAUUACACCGGUUCCUUUUUUUUUUUGCUAUCUUCACAUCCUCUCCAUCCUUACGUUCCCUCUCCUCCUCCAUAUUCACACUCUUACAACAUGAACGAAAAUCUUUUCUUUGUUCCAAGCUGAAGUUUUGUGUUUGAGAAAACAUUAGUUUAUGUUUUAGUUAAGCAACAAUUGUAAUUAUUCUUCAAAUUUAAUAUAAAUGAGACUUACUACCAGCUCAUAAAUUAAUUUAUUCAUCUCAUUAGUUUUCCUUAAUGAUCCAUUCCUAGACGUGAAUAGAAGCAGCACAAUAACCCUAAACUCUUGACACACUCAACGAUCAGUUAAGAAGAGCUUCAUCAAAGCAGCAUUUGUCUUCUCUUAUCUUUGGCUCAGCUCUGACCACAAAGCUUUUCACUCUAAUCUCUCAUCUGCUCUUUUAGCUCCUGCCCACUCAUUCGUUUUGCAUUGUCGGCGCCUGCUCUCACACCUAGCAAACGCACGCCAUCAUCAGAGGCAUCCAGGCGUAUCACUUUCACCAGCUUCCAGACACACUGACCGACUUUCCUUAGGUUUUUACAUCUGCAGCUAAUAUUUCUAUGUUAAGACCCUCAUCACCUUUGCAGAAACAGCUUGGGACGUUUCACACAGUCUGAAUUAAAUAUUGGUUUAUAAUUGUUGUACAUUUAAAAUUAAACACUUUUCUUGACAAUUAUACUCUUUGAGUUGAACUUUGAGCAGUUCAGAGCUCGCUCAUAAAUACAGUCUAUGUUUGAGACUCAGAAGAGGACAGUGUUAUGGAAAUCUGUUCCUCCAUUCUCUCUUUUGUUCACCAGACUCACCCCCACCGCCCACUUUAUAAGAAGGACUCUGGUAUGCACAAUUUCAACAGGCCACUUGCCUUUUUGGAGAAGUUUGAGGCUGAAUUAGAUGCAAAUAAAGCAGUUUUAGCAGUCGA